AUGUUUGUCGUCACGUCGACUGUCAACUUUACCCACGACCAGUCAUCCAAAGAGUCCUUUGUUCCCGUGACGUCAUCACCUGUGAGAUAUUUCGUCAUCAUUGACUUACUUCUCAUCAUCAAAAUAAUCCGCGCCGUCUCUUUCUCCAUCACCACUUUCGGUAUCCUCAGCAACAUCUGGAACAUCAUCGUCUUUGUGGGACUCGGCGUGCUAGAAACGGCCACGUCCCUCACACUGUUCGCUCUAUCCAUCUCCGAUCUUCUCUUCCUGCUUAUUCUGUUCGCGUACUGGACACUCCAGUUUCUCGCCAACCUCGGCGUUUCCCAGACUGCCGGGGGAAUCCCGAUGACAUAUUUAGCGUACCAGUUCUUGUACUAUUUCCGAAUGGUGUACACGUUAUCGGAACUGUUCACUGUUUAUCUCGCCGUGCAGAAAUGUUGCUGUGUGGCUUUACCUUUUCACUUCAAACUGAUCUUCACUCCCGCCAAAGCCCUGGCAACCUUGCUCAUUAUAGUGAUCGUUGUCUUUGCCUGUUAUGCUCCUCUUUUCUUUACUAUGGGGAUACAGCAGAUUGAGGAUUUGACCCAGAACACCACACGAUAUACUCUUUGGUUUUCAGAAGACAGAGAAGUGAUCACAAAAAUCUUUCAUAACAUUAUGGACCUUCUGGUCCCCACAGCGGGGCAAGCCAUAGUCGCAGUUUGUUUAGUUGUCUUAACUCGAAAACUUCGAGAAACCACCAAGUUCCGGCAAGCUUCCGAGAAACCCGAGUCAAAGGAUGACGGAUCAAAGGUAGAUGGGUCAAAGGUGAAAGGAUCAAAGGUCAAGGACUCGAGCAAACUGUCGGGGAAGGAGUUACGUGCAGUGCAGUCUGUGGUCGUUCUUGUGGUCAUGUUCAUCGUCUGCAACAUGCCCACAGUACUCACGCAGUACGCCACUUAUAUCGAGCCGGAGUUUUACGACUUCCGGAGAUACAGCGCCAUCUACGCUCUCGUAGGUCAGGCCAGAAUGUUCCUUAUGGUGUGCUGCUCUUCUUUCAACAUCUUCGUUUACUUCACGUUCAACACCAGCUACAGACAGCAGGCCAUACGGCGUCGCCCUUCACCCACGUGA